AUGGGAUCUCUCAAGGCUCUCCAGGAGUGGUGUCGGACACAGUGUGAAAAUUACAACGAUGUGGAAAUAAAGGACAUGUCAACGUCCUUUCGGGACGGUUUGGCGUUUUGUGCCAUAAUACAUCGUUACAGACCAGAACUGAUAGACUUUGACUCACUAUCUAAAGAGAAUGUCUACGAAAACAAUCGACUGGCAUUUGAAGUGGCAGAGACACAGCUGGGGAUUCCUGCCCUGUUGGACCCAGAAGACAUGGUGUCCAUGAAAGUGCCUGACCGUCUCAGCAUCAUCACAUACGUCUCCCAGUACUACAACUUCUUCAACAACAAGUCUCAAGCAAACCCCCCUUGCAUGAAAAGACACAGUACUGCUGGUCACCACGAGCUAGCUCAGAAAAGACCCCCAACCCCUUUGGAAGACAAAGUGGCUGAGCUGAGCCAGCCCGUGCAGACAGGUGUAGAAGGGCUUGUGGCAGUCAGGUGCAGCACGCUCAGCAGCACCUGCGCCGCCUGCCAGAAGCACGUCCACCUGGUGCAGAGGUUUCUGGUGGAUGGCAAGCUCUACCAUCGCAACUGCUUCAGGUGCACAGAGUGUCACAGCACUUUGCUUCCUGGAUCCUACAGAUCAAGAAGCAACUCUGGGGCGUUGGUCUGUACACAUCACCUUACAAAGCACAUUUCGGCCAAUCAGAACGGCAGGCCAGAUCUCAGCGAGAGACCAGUGGUAGUUCAGUCCGCAAGAAUUGGUCGUAGCCCGGUUCCUCAUGUGUCACCUGAGAGAGACCAGGCAGAGACUCCUCCAGUAAGCCAAACAAAUGAUACCGACAUGCCUUCCAAUGACCCUGUCUCACUCACUGUAGUUACAGCAAAUAAAGCAGACUCUUUGGAAAAAGCAAAAGACAUGGAUGGCGGUGUAGAGACAGAGGAGACACCACGAUCAUGUUCUCCUCCCAAUCCUUUUGAUGAGAGCGAUGAAGAGGAAGAGAAGGAGGAAGAUAUUAAAACACCUGCCAUAUUAACAGCUAAUGGGGACCUCCCUUCUACACCUGUCACUCAUCAUGAAGGUGCCAGUCGGCCGGUACCAGCACCCCGCAGGGUUUCUGAACCGACUCCGCCUCCUCGCCCUGCCCCUCGAGUUCGGCUACUCCGUACUGCAGACGGUGAAAACCAGAAGCCUCCGACUCCUCCCAAACCUCGAGAAAGAUCACAGUCCCCUGGAAGCCUAUCCAGUGGCACCCAUAAACCCAAAGACCCACCUUGGCUCGCCCUGGUCCAGUCAGAAUCCAAGAAGAAGAAAGCUCCUGCCCCUCCCCCUGUUGGACUGGCAACACCUCCCAAUACAGGUUCUCUGUCCUCUCUCAAAGGGGAGGGCUCCAGACCCAGCACACCCCCUCCACCCUCCAACCCAUUUGACGAGGAGGAUGAUGAUGAUGAUGACGAAAAUACAGUGGCAGAGGAACAGGAGGGGAGUGAAGGAAGUGCAAUUCCACCCACAGUUGUGGCAAGUCACCCAUGGUACAGCAUCACUCGGGCAGCAGAUGCGACAGGUGCGGACACUCCCCCUAGUGGAGGAAGCUCGUCCCGCUCUGCCAGCCCGGGGAGCACCACGAGGAAGAAGCGACGGGCACCUCGUGCUCCACAGCCGCCCACAGUUCUUCCUCACUCUCAGCCCUCCUCUUGCUCUCCCUCUCCAGCUCUUAGCACAGACAGUCUGUCUUCUGGCUCAGACCACAGCUCCUCCCAGCCCUCAUUGGGUGGUGCUGCCAGCAGCGACCAGCAACACACCUUCACCAAAAGUGUCUCAGAGCCUUCCAUCUGUUCACCAUGCGACUCUGCGACCUCUCCUUCCUCCUCCGAGCAUCUGGUUCACCCCUCCCAAAGCCCCUACCCUUCUCCAAUGCCAUCAAAUGCCACCUCAGCUCCAGCCACUCCACAGACCAGUCGCAACUUAGAGACCAAAGGAGCCGGAGCCCCUCCACCACGACCGCCAACAACUCCCAGCCCAUUGGCCUCAGGAGCCAUCCAGUCACACAAUAAGCGCAUCUGUAAGGAGAACCCAUUCAACAGGAAAGCCUCUCCCUCCCCUGCUAAAUCCAAAACCAGACCACCAAAAGGGCCUCGUCCUGCCAGGCCCCCUGCCCCCGGGCACGGCUUCCCUCUGAUCAAACGCAAGGUUCAGUCAGACCAGUACAUCCCGGUAGAGGACAUCCACGGGGAAAUGAGUCAGCUGGAAAAGGAGCUGGAUGAGCUGGAGCAGAGGGGAGUGGAGCUGGAGAAGAAGUUGAGAGACAACCCUAAUGAUGAGGAUGAGGAGCACCUGUUGGUGGAGUGGUUCACUCUCAUCCAUGAGAAACACCUUUUAGUACGACGAGAAGCUGAGCUAGUCUACACAGCGAAGCAGCAGAACCUGGAAGAGAGGCAAGCUGACGUGGAGUAUGAGCUGAGGUGUCUUCUCAACAAACCAGAGAAAGACUGGACGGAGGAGGACAAGAGUCGGGAGCAGGAGUUAAUGGCUGAGCUUGUUACUAUCAUUGAUCAGCGCAACCAAAUUGUGAACAGCAUGGACCAGGACAGACAGAGGGAAGAGGAGGAGGAUGAACUUAUUGGUGCCAUGCUGAAGAAAAAAGACUUCCACAAGGAUCAAGAGGGUGAGCAGCAUCAGAAGAAAAAAGGAGCAAAGUUCAAACCCAUAAAAGUGCUCAAGAGGCUGAGCCAUAAAGGUGAACCAGGCAAGAGUCCCCGCAAGGAGAAAACGCCAUAGAAAGGACAGAUUCUCCUCCAAGAGGAUUUAGACAAUUUUAACCAGACUAAGGAAAAUGAAAACAGGAUGUGAGGAAAGAAGUGCAUCAGGUCAAGGAGAUGACAAAGUCUUCUUUGACCGUGCCAUUAAUGGUCCCUGCUCACAUUUUACUUCUCUGACUAUUUUGAGUUGUGUUUUAAAGUGUAAAAACCCAACCGCUUUAAGAGCUGACAUGUGAACUCUCUGACCUUUCAAACUAGUGAGGAGUAGUGUAGGUUUCUAAAUUAUCGCAUUGAUUUGUUGUAUGUUCCUUUGUUGUCCUUGCAUUGCACAGAGACUCUGUAGGCUUUCAUCAAGGCUCAACAAAGCUGUGUUUAGUCAGUUCAUUUUGAAUGAAGCUUUUGGAUGCCAACUGAUUCCUGAUAGCUAUGAGUUUUUAACAUGUUUUCACUCUGCUCCAGACUUACACUCCUUGGAUACCCGUCUUCUCUGUGUUUUGAUUCCAAAGUUCAGUAGAUUGAUACCUGAGAUGGUUUCAGGAUGUGUUUGGUUUGACCCUGUGGUACUAGUGAAAGGAAUUUUUUUUUUUUUUUUUUUUUUUUUAGAUGAACUCUGCUUUAAAUUUUGCAACAUCUAUCCUCGAAACAAUCAGUCAACAAUGGAUUCCCAAGCUCUUUUAGCUGCUAUGUUAUGACAGUUUGUGGUUUCCUUGUUUUUAAUUUCUUGUGAGAGAGUGAUAGUUUGUUGUCAUUUGUGUAAAUGCAUAUCAUCACAGACAUUUAGGAUGAACAUAGAUACUGUAAGGGUGUAAAUGUGAGGUCUGGAGGAGAGUGUUAUAUAAAUUUCUGAUUGAAAUUCUGUUAGAAAAUGUAUUGUGUUAUCAAAGGUCCUACAUGCAAUAAUGUAUAUUACAAAAGACAGUCACUCAGUAUUCUAUUAACUGUAGCAAAAUACCAGUUUUAAACAGUUUUAACCAUUGGGAAACUCUGAAUAUGCAAUCAUUAAUUUAUAUUUUACUAUGCCUUUGUGUAUGUUUCCAUUUUUUGCCUUAAAACAUGUUAAUAUUGUUUGUAUGAGUGCCAUAGUGGAUGAGUCUCAUGUGUUUGAGCUAAUAUAAAUGUCAGUAUGUUUACUCAUUUUGUUCCCAUAGAUUGUUCACCUGUUCACCAUUUUAAAUGGUUAUCUUUGUUGUGUGUGUUUCUGUUCUGUGCCUGUCCUCCUGUCCAGCUGAAACCAAGGGCUUCUGUAGAGUCACAUUUUGGUUAGCUAUUACAUUGUCCUGAAACAGCAGCAGGAUUAUGAAAUAUACUGACAUUGGAAGGUAGAGGAAUAAAAUAACUUAUUGCAAGUA